AUGAUGGAUGUAAAGCCUAAUGGAUUUUUAAGCCGGUAUAGUAAGUAUCUUUAUUUAUUUUGAAGCAGAUUUUUUAAACUUAUUUCACAAGAAAUUGGAAGAUAAUGUCUUUCUUUAAAAGACAUUAUACACUCUUAGUAGAAGCCUUCUGUCGAGCACUGACAGAGGUGCCUCAGGACUUUUGAUUUCACCUGGUGUGACAAAACUCAACCAGUCAGCUAUAUAAAAAAACAGACAAGUUAAUAAUUUAGAGUCUAUUUGAAUGAUUUUGAAGAUGAUGCUCUUUUCUUUGAAUGUUUUAAUUGAAAACUUAAAAGUACAAUACACUUACAGCUUCCUUUUUGGGCUUUCAGCCUUCUAAGAUUAAACUUCCUUCUCUGACUUCAGAGCUGUCAUCCAGGACCAGAUGCUGUUUCUCUCACUGUCACACCCUGACUCACUUGUGUCCUUGUCCUUUCCUUAGUCCUGGCCCUGAUGCUUUUGGAGGUCCAGGGAAACCCUGUGAUUCUCGGUCCUCUUUACCCCAACUGCAAAAAUGAUGUGAGCAACACAAAGGACUUAUCGAAAUUGUCGGAAAAAGAAACAACUGACCUCCUGGAAGUCUAUGUAAGUACCAGCCAGCUCAAGAGCAGCUUCUGCUGCUGGUGCAAACAAUCAAUGCAGCCAGUGGUCUUCAGUCUUGAGGAUUCAUGAAAAAACUCACAGCUGUUGGUACAAGAUUUGUGAGUCUAUUUUAUUUAGCUGUGUUCGCAUUUGUGCAAAACUCCUGAAAACAGCCUGCAUUUUUCCAUGUGUGAAUGCAAACAGACAAUUUUCAGUCCAAAUUUAGUAGAAUUGUUUCUGCCAGCCACAAGUUUUGGUAAUGCACUGAAGCUGUUCUAAACGUUUAUACAAUGCUUACUGUAUAAAUCUUCAAUGAUUUCAUAUUAAAGAGAAGUUUCCAAUGAGUUAAAUUUUUAUAUAUUUAAGCAGCAAAGAUUCAGAACUAGGGAAUCUUUAGAUAGUUGAUUGAAAGCAGGAUACACUUUUACAUCAGGAGAAAUACUUUUGCAUGCAGGACUGAAUCAGCAUCUCCGUGUGAUAUUUCACCCAUGCACAACUAACCACAUUAUUCAAAUGAUUUAACUCCACUGGAAUUGAUACCAAACCUGCUCCUUACUUUGACUCCCACUGUUGACUGGAGCACAUCUGCGUGCACAUCAAAAGAUGAUUCAGUAUUAUUAACUCUUACACACUGUGACCUAUUUUUAAAUAACUUCCUCAUUGCUGUCUCGCAAUGCCUUGGAGAAAAAAAUAGCCAGCAAGGUUUUGUGGUCUAUGGUGACAAAUAAACACAAUUUUCUUCCACAUUAAGAGUGACUCAGCGGAUUACUCUUUCAGUGUAAAAACUUACAGGUGGAGAUGUUCAGUUUGCAUAACAGUAUGGGUUUUAUAAAUGGAAUUACAUUUUAAACCGUAGCGCUGGAUUUAAACAUAGAUUAACCACUUUAGGUGCAAAAAAUAUUCAUUAUAUUGCACAACUUUAAUGCACUAAAUGACUAUUACUGAAGAAAAAACUACAGUAUCAAAGAAAGGAUUUACAUCAAUAAUGUAACUUUAACUGCUAGAGACUGCAGAAUCAAACUAUAACAACUUCAGCUAUUCAGAUCAUUUGAAUGAGACUUCAAAAUCAAACCAGUGUUUUUAUCUUUGAACAGGACAAAUGUCAUGGUACUUUCGAUAUAAACAAGUGUAGAUAAUCAUCUUUUUUCAUGACACUUAAGAGACAAAAAUGAGACCGAAGAUUCUUGUAAUAAGUAAAAAAAGAUGCACUGGUGGGGCUUUCUUUUUUCUUAAAGUCUGAGGUAGUUUUUUUUCCCCAAAAUAAGAGUCAUCUCACAAUAAAUUUGCACAUAAUAUUUUUUUUAUAUGCCUUUUUUUAUCACAAAUAUGACAAACCAAAAAUGUAUGAGGAAUCUUUGGACUCUAAAUUUAUUUUUGCUGUUAACUGACUUUUCAUGACAACUGGUGCCUUUAAAUCGUCAAAAACAUUUAUUGAAAGAAAAUAUCGUCCAUAAGGCCAUCACUUAUAAUAUACCACAGGCAACCGCUUCCAAAGAAGUCAUAAUGUGGUUAAAUCAUGAAUUUUUACAUCUUUGUAAGAGCGAGUAAAUUUCUUUCAAGACUGUGAUAAUACUGUGAUAUUUUAUGGCCAUAAAACUGUGAGACAAAAAUGUGAUAUCCUGAUUUCAAAUAUUAGAUCAUGUAUAAUAAUUAAAUUCUCUUUCUCUGUCCCAGUCCAAAUAUCACGGAUCCUUCAGUGAUUCAACUCCAAAGGACGUCCCUGAUCCAGCAGUAUCUGGAGACAACUUCCCUGCGAAGCUUCUCAACAUCUACUCCAAGGAUGAGCUCUUUUCUCUGCACAUUUUGAAGGUAGAAGAAUAUCAAGAGGAACUCGGGGGGAAUUACCAAGAUUUAAAAAAGAACCUGUCACAAGUCAAGGUUGAACUCCCUCGCCUGGUACUGAAAUUAACAGAGAUUCUCAAAGGACUGGACCCAAACACACCUCUACCACCAAAACCAGAGCCACUAAAAUUAAACCAUGACAAUGACUAUGACAAGCAGAAGUACGGCUGGCAGGUCAUAAACACGCUCAAGUCCUGGCUUUCUCAGGUGGUCCAGGCGCUUGAAGAAGGAGAGAAAGAGUGUGAUGGCUAG